CUCCCGUCCCAUCUCUUGCUUUCCUCACCAGUUUCUGAAUCCCCAGAUAUCAAAUUCCUUCACAAACCGUCAAAAUGGUCAAGGCUGUCGCUGUUCUCCGUGGAGACUCUAAGAUCUCCGGCACUGUCACGUUCGAGCAGGCCGACGAGAACACCCCCACCACCAUCUCCUGGAACAUCACUGGCCACGACGCCAACGCUGAGCGUGGCUUCCACGUUCACCAGUUCGGUGAUAACACCAACGGCUGCACCUCCGCUGGCCCUCACUUCAACCCCUUCGGCAAGACCCACGGUGCCCCCGAGGACUCUGAGCGUCACGUCGGUGACCUGGGCAACUUCAAGACCGAUGCUGAGGGUAACGCCGUCGGCUCCAAGCAGGACAAGCUUGUGAAGCUCAUCGGUGCCGAGAGCGUCCUGGGCCGGACCCUGGUCGUCCACGCCGGCACUGAUGACCUCGGCAAGGGUGGUAACGAGGAGUCCAAGAAGACCGGUAACGCUGGUCCCCGCCCUGCCUGCGGUGUCAUUGGUAUCGCCGCUUAAGUGCAUUCAUAAUUGUGUUAUGUUGUCAAUUUAGGCCUGAAAGGCUUAACCAGAAUGGAAAUAGUCUGCUACUGUCCGAUUGAUGUCAUGAACCAGAUUGGAAUGCAUGAAUGACUUGAUGCGAGUAAUCCAGACGAUUCCCUGUGUUUGGCG